AUGUCUGCCGAUAAACAAUUUGACCGUACUGCUUUGGAGCAAUUGCUUACCAAGCGUUUCUUUUAUGCCCCUUCCUUCCAAAUCUAUGGCGGUGUUGCCGGUUUCUAUGACUUUGGCCCCACUGGUUGUGCAUUGUUGAACAAUAUCAUUUCUCAAUGGCGCAAUCACUUUGUGCUUGAAGAGGAGAUGCUCGAACUCGACACGACCAUCAUGACAACUCACGACGUCCUCAAGACCUCGGGUCACGUGGAUAAGUUUGCUGACUGGAUGUGCAAGGAUCUUAAGAACGGCGAGAUUUUCCGUGCUGAUCACUUGGUUGAAGCUGUCCUCGAAGCUCGUCUUUUGGGUGAUCGUCAGGCUCGUGCUGCCAAGGCUGGUGCCACCGAUGCUGAUGCUGCCGCUGUUGCCACCACUCCCCAAAAAUCCGAUAAGAAAAAGAAGAAAAAGGGUACCGUUGUCGCUGUUGAAUUGCCUGAUGAAGAACGCAAGGCUUAUGAGGAAAUCUUGGCUCAAAUUGACAACUAUGGUGGUCCCGAGCUUACUGAGAUCAUCAAAAAGUACAACAUUCGCUCUCCUGAAUCUGGUAACGAGCUUUCGGAACCCCAAGAAUUCAACUUGAUGUUUGAGAGUCAAAUUGGUCCUACUGGUCAACUCAAGGGCUACUUGCGUCCAGAGACUGCUCAAGGUCAAUUCCUCAACUUCAAAAAGUUGCUUGAAUUCAACAAUGAAAAGAUGCCUUUUGCUUCUGCCCAAGUGGGUCGUGCUUUCCGUAACGAGAUCAGCCCUCGCUCUGGUUUGUUGCGUGUUCGUGAAUUCACCAUGGCUGAAAUUGAGCACUACGUUGAUCCCGACAACAAGAACCAUCCCGGCUACAAUGAUGUCAAGGACACCGUCAUGCGUUUCUUGCCCAAGGAUGUUCAAUUGAGCGGCAAGACUGAGUUGCAGGAAAUGACUGUUGGUGAAGCUGUUGAAAAGGGUAUUGUUGACAACCAAACUCUCGGCUACUUCCUUGCUCGUAUCUACCAAUUCUUGCUCAAGAUUGGUAUCAAGCGUGAUCGCCUCCGAUUCCGUCAGCACAUGGAUAACGAAAUGGCUCACUAUGCUUGCGAUUGUUGGGAUGCUGAAAUCCAAACCAGCUACGGUUGGAUUGAAUGUGUUGGUUGCGCUGAUCGAUCGGCUUAUGAUUUGACCGUGCACUCUGUUCGCACCAAGGAGAAGUUGGUUGUCCGUGAACAGCUUGCUGAACCUCGUGUCGUUGAGAAAUGGCAAGUCGAGAUCAACAAGAAGACCUUUGGCCCCAAGUUCAAGAAGAACGCCAAGGCUGUCGAAGAAGCCAUCUUGUCUUACACUGACGAAUGCUUUGCCCAACUCCAAAAGGAUCUUGAAGCCAACGGUGUUGCACAAGUCGAGGUUGGCAGUGAUAAGUUUGAAGUUAGCAAGGAUGAUGUAUCCGUUCAAAAGGCAAAGGUGACUGAACACGUCCGUGAAUAUACUCCCAAUGUCAUUGAGCCUUCGUUCGGUCUUGGCCGUAUCCUUUACGCCCUUUUGGAGCACAGCUGGUGGGUGCGUGAAGAAGAUGAAGCUCGUAACGUCUUGUCGUUCCCUCCAAUCGUUGCCCCUUUCAAGUGCUGCAUUUUGCCUCUUUCUGCAAACGCUGCUUUCGAUCCAUUUGUGAGAAAGUUCUCUCGCACUCUUCGUCAAAAUGGUAUCUCCACCCGUACUGAUGACAGUGGUGCUUCCAUUGGCCGUCGUUACUCCCGUAAUGAUGAACUUGGUAUUCCCUAUGCUAUCACGGUUGAUUUCCAGACCGUUGAAGACAACACUGUAACCCUCCGUUAUCGUGACUCCACCAAGCAAAUCCGUGACAGCUUUGAAAACAUCCUCAAGAUCCUCAAGGAGGAGCAAUAA